AUGCCAUGUCAUCUCACUACAGUGUUACAGAGGACAAAUGAAUCCUUGAAAGAGUACAUUGCCAAGUUUAGACGCGAGGUGAGCAAUAUCGAAGAUCCCUCUGAUGAAAGUGUUCUGACUGCGAUCUCUGCAGGCCUUCGCAAAGAUGGGAAGCUCUAUGAGAACAUCUAUAGGACCCCUAUUAAAGACUUAGGGGAAUUCUAUAAACGAGCUGCCAAGGAAAUCCGAUGGGAAGAGGCUUUUGGCUCAAAGAAGCUCACGUUUAGACGCGAGGUGAGCAAUAUCGAAGAUCCCUCCAAUGAGAGCGUUCUGACUGCGAUCUCUGCAGGCCACCGCAAAGAUGGGAAGCUCUAUGAGAACAUCUAUAGGACCCUGUUAAAGACUUCGGGGAAUUUUAUGAACGAGUUGCCAAGGAGAUCUGGUGGGAAGAGGCUUUUGGCUCAAAGAAGCCCACCAGAUAGAAAGAAGAGGCUUAGGGCUCCAACUAGAACAAGAAAAGAAAUAACAGAGACAACGGAAGGGAAGCUCCGGGUGAAUGCUCGAACAACCAGGUCCCAUGAAAGGUACUUGCGAGAGGCCAACCACAUAUUGUUGGCAGGAUCAAACGAGCAGGUAGGGUCCUUGAAACGAGCUAGGGUGAUGGCAGAGGAAAUCAUUUUCUCAGAGGAAGACGCCAUAAAUGUACACUUGCCACACAAUGAUGCCCUUAUCAUUUGUGCCCGAAUCGAUAAUGCCGAAGUGCAAAGGAUAAUGGUGGAAACAGGCAACUCAGUGAAUGUAAUGUAUAGAGCUUGCUUUAAUCAAAUCGGAUUGGGGCCGGAGCAGUUGAGUUUAUCCCUAGAGCCACUCUAUGAGUUCAUAGGAGAUGCAGUGGUCCUCGUUGGGCUAAUUAGUCUCCCUUUUUCUAUUGGAGAUGCAGAUCUCCAAGCCAUCACGUUGACGGAUUUCCUUAUAGUCGACUGCCCCUCAGCAUACAACGUCGUGCUCGGGAGGCCAGCCAAGAAUGAUCUAGAUCUAGUCACCUCUAUAAGGUCGCUGACUGUUAAAUUCCUAAUCCCCAAUGGAGUAGGGUGGGUACGAGGUGAGCAAAACCUCACAAGGCGCUGCUAUGAAGAUGUUGUAAAAAUGGGGCCAAAGGGAAAAAAGUGA